CAAUCCAGCUCGGAUUUGUUUAUGUCACUCCGACCCGAUCCACGUGGUAGCCACUGUAUACACGUGCGCUUUGCUGGUCGAGCUGUCUGUGUUCACGCGUUGGUAAUUUGCUGUGUCUAAUAAUCUGCUAUGUUUGCAUUAGUGAAGUUUUUAGAAGAAUUUGACAACAACCGCUUGUAUGUCGUGAGUGUAAAUUCAAUUUUGGACUUCCGCCUGCAGCACACCGAAGAUUUUGAUAAUAGGACUAUUUAUUCAGUGUUCUGGGUUGACGAGGCAAACAACGAAAAUACGCGGGCGUACGAGGCUCAAGUUCUGCUGCUGGCCGAAUCCCGGGAGGAGCUGGAGCACAAGAAAUCGAACAAGAGGGUGCCCAUGCCAAAGAUUCGCAUGGAAGAGCACUCGGAUGAUGAUAAGCGCGCUAAAAAGCAAGACAAGCAGGUAUCACAAAAGUGCAAAUUCAUGCAAGUGAAUGCAAGGAGUGCGAGCUACAGUAGAAUUCUGGAAAAGCAUGUUCAAGAUGCAAAAAAAAAAGCCAUGGGUGAACAAUCCAGUGAGCCCAAUCAUCAAAGCCGGAGCCCCAAAAAACCCCAUUGGGAGUGUGACACAUCGUCUUCGGAUGAAUCACUAAUUUCUAGUGCAGAGCUGCGUAAAGAAAUAGCAGAGAAAAAAAUGUGGAAGGAGAGAUCACUAAAACUAGAAAAAGAAAAUGAAGUUCUGCUGGAGCAAGUGGCAUCUCUCCAGCGUUGCUUGGAAAGCAAAAUAUUUCAAGUGGAAGCCCUUCACAGAAGAAACAAUAGCAUGGAAGGGGAAGGCAUUCAUGCCAAGCUGGGUCACGUUGCCAAAGGCCGUGGCAAGAUGGAACAAGCCAUUAGUACCAGCCAAGGUUAGUACAUAGAAAGCUGUGGUUUGGCAGAAAGUUUUUUGCUUCUCAUUGUGUGACUAUAGCCUAAAUUUCUGGGCAGAUAGCCUUCUUUAUAAUGACAAUGUUUUGACCACAAUAAUUUGAAACUACUUUUCUGCAGAAGGCGAUCACAUAUCAAGGGUCAUCA